AUGCAUGAAACCUGGAAAUCUUUCAUCAAAUCAAUAAUGGCGAUCUCUACAAUUCUAUCUUGUUUUCUACUCAUUACUAUCCUGUUUCUCCUCUCACCCAUCAUUACCCUUUCCAAUUCUUCCAAUGAUUUACUCUCCGAGCUGAUACAUCUCCGAUCAAAAUCUCCCCUCGGUCUGAUCCACCUCAAAGACCCCCUUCUCCAACGCAUCCUCUCAAUUCCUUCACCUAAACCAUUCUCAUCCCUCAUAUUCUUCGACGCCAGACAACUCCACUCUAAACCCGAUAACUCAAUCCCUAGUAUCAAAUAUGAAUUCUCCCUUCUCUCCUCUUCUUUCCUCACCAACAACCCCCAAAACAACACUCAGAUUUUCUUCUUCAUCAUAGAAUUUCAAGAAUCAAAGUCUUCCUUCGAGCUUUUUGAUGUUCAAUCUUUACCCCAUAUUCGGUUAAUACCCAUUUAUGUGACGGACGUUAAAACUGAUUGUAUUAAAAUGGAUGCUUCUGGUUUUUCUAUGGGAGCUGACUCGAUGAAGGAGUUUGUGGAGAUGAAUUCGAAUGUUAAUUUGGGUCCAAUUCAUGCGCCCCCAGUUAUUCCGAAGAAAAUGAUGAUGAUUAUUGGUGCUGGGUUUUUGAUUUGGAGUCCAUUUUUGGUGAAAAAGUUUGUUAUUGGAAACACCCUUUUGCAGAAUAAGUAUAUAUGGAUGGUUGCAUCGAUUCUAGUGUACUUCUUCAGUGUUUCAGGGACAAUGUAUACUAUAAUUAGGAAAGCACCUCUGUUUUUGAUUGAUAGAAAUGAUCCAGGGAAGUAUCAUAUCUUUUACCAAGGAUCAGGGAUGCAGUUAGGAGCUGAAGGUUUUGCUGUUGGAUUCUUGUACACGAUUGUUGGAUUGUUGUUGGCACUAAUGACUCAUAUUUUGGUUCAUCUGAAGAACAGGGGAACACAGAGUUUGCUCAUGGCUUUGGGGCUCUUCGUUUCGUUUUGGGCGGUAAAGAGGGUGAUUUACUUAAAUAAUUGGAAGACUGGCUAUGGUGUUCAUGCUUAUUGGCCUUCAGGUUGGAUGUGAUAGCAAUGUAGUUUGUCUGGCUUUUAUUCUCUUAGGUAAGAGUUUUGUAGUUUAAACUACAUGUGAGCUGAUUCCAAUUCAACUAAAAGUAGUUGACAGAA